UUAUAAAUCGUACUUACGAUAAGGAAUUUGAAUCUAGUUCUGAAAGCCAACAGGAUAUUAACAGCCUCAAUGAAUUGAUGUCUUCUGAUGAACGAACAUCUAGUGAUGAACAAAUAUCUUGUGACGAACAAUCAGAUUCCACAUCAUUAUCCAAUAUGUCAAAUGAAAGCUCUGUCUAG